GCGCUGCGGUAUGCAAAGGCCCUCGAGGAGUCCGAGGACGCCAAGAGGUUAUUCAACAAAUACUCCAAAGGCUCCGGCGGCGUUCUGGCUCGAAAGGACAUCCUGGCCUACUCGAGCGCCGAGUUCGGCUUCAAGCUGCCGGACCCGGCGCUGGACCUCAUCUGGAG